AUCUGUUAAGAGACAGCUACUGUUGCAUCUUUGCAGCUACUGUUAAGUUUUACAUGGAAGUCAUUUGCUUUUCAGAGUGUGAAAAAAUGGAUUUGGCCAACCAUGGACUUAUUCUGCUGCAGCAGCUAAAUGCUCAGAGAGAGUUCGGUUUCCUGUGUGACUGCACAGUUGCCAUUGGUGAUGUCUACUUCAAGGCACACAAAUCAGUCCUUGCUUCUUUCUCCAACUACUUCAAGAUGUUGUUUGUUCAUCAAACCAGUGAAUGUGUCCGUUUGAAAGCAACUGACAUACAGCCGGAUAUCUUCAGUUAUCUCUUGCAUUUGAUGUACACUGGGAAGAUGGCACCGCAGCUCAUUGACCCAGUUCGACUAGAACAGGGAAUAAAGUUUCUGCAUGCGUAUCCACUAAUUCAAGAGGCCAGCCUUGCAAGUCAGGGAACUUUUUCUCACCCGGAUCAAGUUUUUCCAUUAGCAUCUUCAUUAUAUGGCAUCCAGAUUGCAGAUCACCAGAUAAGACAUCCCACGAAGGUCACAUCAGCGACUGACAAACUCGGGCGAGAACCAAGGCCACAGACAUCACGGAUGAACCAAGAGCAGGUUUCCGAAGGCUCGCAGCUCUCGCAGUUAGCUACAACUCUGCCACAAGUGACCCGGACAAAUAUGUCCACUUCUGACCCAUUGCCAUCUUCUUUAUCUCCAGAAUUGGUAUCUGCUGCCGGUAAUAAUUCACCUGCAGGAGAAGAGGCCAACAUGGAAGCGUCUUCUUCAGAUGAACAGCCUGCCUCACUCACAAUAGCACAUGUCAAGCCAAGCAUUAUGAAAAGGAACGGAAGCUUCCCAAAAUACUAUGCCUGCCACCUCUGCGGUCGCCGGUUCAAUCUGCGAAGUAGUUUGCGUGAGCACCUGCAGAUCCACACGGGAGUUCCCUUCACGUCUAGCCAGCAGGGAGAGAGUAAUAUUUCUUUGUCUCUCUGUAACAACACGGCUGAUAAAGAUGCCGUGGAAGUGCCUGAAGCAGGGAUGAUUAGUGACAGCGAGCUGCAGCAGAUCUCGGACUCCCCAAUAAUCGAUGGGCAGCAGCAGUCCGAGACACCGCCCCCCUCCGAUAUUGCAGACAUAGACAACUUGGAGCAGGCAGAUCAAGAGAGGGAAGUAAAAAGACGCAAAUACGAAUGUUCCAUCUGUGGUCGCAAAUUUAUUCAGAAGAGCCACUGGAGGGAGCACAUGUACAUACACACCGGCAAGCCCUUCAAGUGCAGCACUUGUGACAAAAGCUUUUGCAGGGCUAACCAGGCUGCCAGACACGUGUGCCUAAACCAGAGCAUGGACACGUACACGAUGGUGGACAAACAGACUCUGGAACUCUGUACCUUUGAGGAAGGCAGUCAAAUGGACAACAUGCUAGUACAGACCAACAAGCCCUACAAAUGUAACUUGUGUGACAAAACGUUUUCAACUCCCAAUGAAGUAGUCAAACAUUCGUGCCAAAAUCAGAACUCUGUCUUUACACUAGAAGAAGAUCGCUCCAUUCUGCUAGGUGGUGGGGACACAGAAGCCACAGAGACUGAUAACGCAGUCUUAGCCUCCAUCAAAAAGGAGCAGGAAGCAGUGUUGUUAGACUGAAUGUGAAACCUGUAUCAAUUUUUUAAAGUUUCUUUACUCAUUUUUUAUUAAAUCGAUUUUUUCCUCCCCCCACCUCUUACCUCACUUACCCCUGCCAUCUUUUCCACCAGCCUCCUUCCCACCCUUUGUCUUCAGCAACCAGAACUGUACUGGCACAUUAGGAAAUUGGACUUUGCCUCUCCCACCAAAACAAACAAAGAGCUCUUGCAUCAAACCACAACAUAAUUGAUUUUAAUACAAAGGAACGUGUGAAAAAAUAAUCCAGCUAACUAUGUUGAUAGUAUUAGUUAAUCCAAAUUUAAUAGAUUUUAAACAAAAUUUAGAUUGCUUAAAAGUGUAUUUAGAUACAAUGAUGAGUGUAAUGAGAAACAGAGUAUCCUUUUGGUAAGCAAAGAAAAAAAAAAUGUAUUAGUUUCCCUGGUAAAAGGCAUUUCAAGAAGAUCUGGCAAAUUAAACAGCAUGCUUUUUAGAAGUCCACAUGCAAGCUGAUUAAGGCUAUAACUUAAAACCCUCAGAACUUUUCUCAUUGAAUGCAAAAAUCUCUGUUCGUUGACUUAAACAGAGCUGAGGGUGUUGGGUUUCUUUUAGCCUUACGUUUCCCUUUACGUAUGCCUUUGGGUAUCUGUUUCAGAUAGCAUCGAGUCAAGGAAAGUAGUUACUUAGUCAAAUUUUGACAUAAGUAGCUGUAAUAAUAAUGUGAUGGCAAUCUUUAUAUAUAUAUAUAAAAUACUGUAUAUGUAUAAAGGUUUUUAUAUAUAUAUAUAUAUAUAGAAAGUGUUUGUGUGUAUAUUUGGGACAGGUAAAUAAAUGCACACAUCCUUUUUAAGUAACUGGCCGUCUACUCUCAGAUUCAGCCCAGAAAGUCUUUUAGUUUUUUGACAGAACUAGUCAUUGCACAGGUUAUUUUUAAUCAAAUUUAAAACGUCCUGAGCUGUGUGCAUUUUUAUUGGCCUGUUGAAGAGAAGCUAAUAGGUAAGUGUUGUCACCCAAGCUACAAAGGAAACUAGAGAAGUGACAUACUGGUGAGCACUGCACCAUCGUUAGUGCAGCACACGCAUGUGUUGUUAGCUAUAGGUUUGAGUCAUUCUGGAUGAAAGGAGAGAGAAAAGCUUUAUUGCCUUACUCAGGCAAGGAAUGUCCAUGUUUUCAUUUGGUCUAAUGGCAUGAGUUAAAACGAAGAAAAGGUGGUGCAGAGAUGUCGUAGCAACAGGGGAUCAUGGUGGUUUUAAAGCGAACCUGUAGUGCUGACUGACAAAUGCUGCUCUGUGAGAGUCCCGUUAUUUUCCAAGCCAAGACAGUCUGCAAAAACUGAAAGGAUGAAUUCUGUAGGUUUAGUUACUGCUGAUGGUAGCACUGCAUCUUUGUGUUAAAAAUCAAGUUGUUGAUUCUUACUGUUUUAUAUAGAUGCCCAGAUUUUUUGCUGGUAGCCUAAAAACUUACACUGACAGCAGCAGCAAAGCCCACCAAGCAAUUCCUGGGCCGACCGAAGGCGCGAGCAGCCAGAAUAAGUGCCCCAUCGUAAAUGGAGACAGUGUGUGUUUUGGGGGGAGGGGCGGGAGAGGGCAAGUCACAAACCACAGCUCUUCUCUGUGUAUACGUUUAAACUGAAUAUCAUCUUUUUGUGUAUAGUUAAGUUCUCAGAUUUGUAAGUUUUUAUACAUCAUUUCAUUGAAUAAAAACUGAAUUAAACGG